CUUGCUACAAAGUGUCCUCUAGCAAUGUGCAGCGAGUUUCGGUGAAACUGGCAUACUGCGCUUGCGGAGAUUCCAAUGCACCUUCCUGCUACAUAGUGAUCAUCUGCAUAAAUAGACAUUUCUUCUAUGUUUUUCUAAGCCGGGUGCAGUACGGGCGGACAGUAUUUUGAAGCGACAGGAAAUGACCUAGAGGCCUUACAAAUACAUGUGUGCUUUCUUACUUCAGACGACAAUUGGGGUGAAACUCAAUCUGGAAGUGCCAUUUGUUUCCGCUAGAACAUUAUUACUACCUCAGCAAGGAGAAGGAAAGGAGGGGGAGGCCUGCGAAAACAAAGUCCCAUCAGUUUUUAAUAACUUAGUCUUGCACACUCCUUCGAACUCAAGACAAAGUUACAGAGAGCUUUUGCUGCACUAUAUGCUGCACACAUUGACGGACUGGGUCUGUCAAAGUAUUUAACCUACAAUCUCUCCGUGAUUCCAAACGCAGAAAGAGAGCUUGGUGACUUUCUCCAGGGGAGAGCCUCAACUCUAAGACUAUUAAGGAUUUUUGUUUUUGUUUUUGUGUGUGUUAUUUUAUAUCCUCGCUGUUGAUCAGUGUUAUCUAAUUUUUUUUGCCUAGUUUUUAAAUAUUUGUAUUUUUACAGAAGGUCAUUUAUAUACAUUUGAGAAAGCUGAAGAUUAAACCGAACUGAUGGUUACUGAAAAAGAAACAUUUGAAGAAGGGUAUUUUUUUUUUUUUUUUUUUUUUUUCAACUUUUCAACAGGUAUCUUUAAAUCUGAUUAGUCACCCACUAAUGACCUUCUAUUUGAUUUAAAAUUGAAGAGAGGAAGUACUUUUCGGCUGCUUGUUCUUGGAUUUAUUCUUGGGCAUACUUGGACUGUUACAGUAGUUGCGAUCUGCAGCAGGGCUGCACAGAAAAUAACACUAGGUCAGCAAAGGGGCUGCCGCCUUCUCUCUGCACACACAGAACAGAGACGGCUGCCUUUGGAAAUGCCUCUUUGUGAAAUUGCACACACAGUCUACAGCUAUCUUCUUUUUACUUAACUGAACAUUCGCAGAAGAAUAACCCUUGAGGCUGUGAUCUUAAAACCCACGGGGAAUCAGAGCCAGCUCAACACCUAUGUAUUGUUGCAGCGCACAGGAAAGUAAAAUGGACUACAAGCGGCGCUUUUUGCUUGGCGGGUCUAAGCAGAAAGUGCAACAGCACCAGCAGUAUCAGAUGCCAGAGUUGAGCAGAACCCUGAGCGCCCCAUUGGGCUCGACGUCCUCCUCCUCCUCCUCCUCUUCCUCCUCUCCAUCCUCCCUGGCCUCCACUGCUGCUGCUGGGGGGAACUGUGGCCACCCGGUCCCUCACACCACCCCCAUCGCCGACAUCCAGCAGGGAAUCUCCAAGUAUCUGGACGCUCUCAACGUGUUUUGCCGGGCCAGCGCUUUCCUCACAGACCUCUUCAGCGGUGUUUUCAGGAACUCGCACUAUUCCAAAGCAGCUAUGCAACUGAAAGACGUGCAGGAACAUGUCACGGAAGCAGCCGGCCGGCUCACGGCAGCAAUAAAGCCUGAGAUAGCCAAGAUGCUGAUGGAGCUAAGUGCGGGAGCCGCCAACUUCAAAGAUCAAAACGAGUUCAGCCUGCAAGACAUUGAGGUGCUGGGCCGGUGUUUUCUGACGGUGAUGCAGGUCCACUUUCAGUUCUUGUCCCAGGCCCUGCAGAAGGUGCAGCCCGUGGCUCAGUCCUGCUUCACAGAGGUGCUGGCCCAAGCCCAAGAGAGGAAGAGCACCACGCGGAACGACCCCUCCAAUACAGAGCUGGAGGAGGCUGUGAGGUCAUGGAAAGGUGCUGCAGAGGCUACAUCUCGGCUGCGGGAGAGGGGUCGGGACGGCUGCCUGUCUGGGAUUGAGGUGCAGCAGCUCUUCUGCUCUCAAAACACAACCAUCCCCGAGCACCAGCUGAAGGAACUCAAUAUGAAGAUUGACAAUGCUUUACAGGCUUACAAAGUAGCCCUGGAGAGUUUGGGCCACGGUGAAUAUGCAUUGAAGGCUGGUUUUCACCUGAACGCCAAAUCUGUUGAAGUCACUCUGCAGGGGUGCUGCGGUGAAGCAGAGGCACAGCAGGCUGGGCGAAUGCAGACUACUUCUCAGCCCAUUCAGUCUGAACUCCCCACCAUACCUGUGCAGAUUGGAUCACACUUUCUAAAGGGGGUCUCAUUUAAUGAAUCGGCAGCAGAAAACCUGAAACUGAAAACGCAAACAGUGUUCCAGCUGAUUAAAGAAGCGGCAGGUGAGAAUGGGAUCUCUCCAAGAGACAAUUCGUCAGUCACAGAGGUCCUGAAUCAGGUCUGCCCUUCGAGCUGGCGAGGGGCCUGCAAAACUGCUGUGCAGUUGUUGUUCGGCCAGGCUGGAUUGGUGGUGGUUGAUACGGCUCAGAUUGAGAACAAGGAAGCGUACGCACCACAGAUUAGUUUGGAAGGCUCCAGAAUUGUGGUUCAAGUCCCCUCAACGUGGUGUCUCAAAGAAGAUCCUGCCACAAUGUCUCUACUGCAGAGAAGUCUUGAUCCAGAGAAGACCUUGGGGCUGGUGGAUGUGUUGUAUACUGCAGUGUUUGACCUGAACAGAUGGAAAGAAAGGAGAGAGCAGGCACUGCCCACCAUUCAAAUCCAGCUGCAGCGCGAAUCCUCCGACUACGGAAGCCAAGUAGACCUGCCAUCCGGAGCCAAGUCCUCUAGCGGGCUUCCCAAGACCAUCUCCAAGCUUACCUCAAAGUUUACAAAGAAAGCCUCCUGCAGCAGCAGCAGCAGUAGCACCUCUGGCUGUGGGAGCUUUUCGAUUCCAAACACCCCUUCACGAAGCAUCUUCACCGGCAGCAGCACCGAGGACAAAAGCAAGCUGCCCAACAGCAUGGAUGUGAGGUUACAGAGCAUCUUCAACAUAGGCAGCUUCCCCAGGACCAUGGACUCCAACCAGGCUCGGCAGGGCACCCCUGGCCAGCUGCUCAACGGCUACCCCACUGAUCGGAGAGAGCUAGCCCCAGGUGAGAAGGGCAUGAACCUGCCCACGGACCAGGAGAUGCAGGACGUCAUCGACUUCCUCUCGGGUUUCAACAUGGGCAAGUCUCAGCAGGCAUCUCCGCUGGUCAAGAGAAGGAACUCGGUGGCAGCGUCAUCCUCUGCGACCGAGCAGAAACCGCCUUCGGGAGUGCAGCCGGCCCAGCCGGUGUCCCACGCAGCUCUGCAGCCUCCUCAGCCAGUGUUACCACCACAGCAGCACCCGACGCAUAAACAGCAGCAGCAAGCACUGCAGUAUUACCAGCACCUCCUCCAGCCCAUUGGACAACAGCAGCAGCAACAAACACAGUCGCAAUCCCUGCCGCAGCCCCCUAUACCCCAGCAACAGCAGCAGCGAGUCCCAGCUAAGUGGCUGGGCAGCUCCACCCAGCAUCCUCCACCUCAGCCUCCGCCUGCAGCAGGACUGUCACCCAUCGGACAGAUGGGUCAGUGGGGUAACCCGGGGCUCCCGGAUUUAAGCUCCGAUUUAUACAGCCUUGGGCUUGUAAGCACAUACAUGGACAGCGUUGUGUCUGAAAUGCUGGGGCAAAAACCCCAAGGUCCCAGAAAUAACACCUGGCCAAAUCGGGACCAAAAUGAGGGCGUCUUUGGGAUGCUUGGAGACAUUCUUCCAUUUGACCCUGCAGUUGGCUCAGACCCAGAGUUUGCCCGUUAUGUGGCUGGCGUUAGCCAGGCUAUGCAACACAAAAGGCAAGCACAGCAUGUCUGUCGCCCCAGCAACACGCGUAGCAACUGGGCUGCCCCCGAUGAACCUCACAGAACCUGGCCACCUCCCAAGUACUACACAGAGGGGGAUGUGAUGAAUAGCAGCUGGUCUGGGACUCAGGGAGACUCGGCCAGCUCCAGUGAUGAAACAUCCUCUGCCAAUGGCGACAGUCUGUUCUCCAUGUUCUCAGGGCCUGAUCUCGUUGCUGCUGUCAAACAGAGGAGGAAACACAGUAGCGAUGAGCAGGAAGCCUGCACCCUGCCAUCCCCACCUCUCCAUCCCUCCGCAGACGACAUUAAUCAGGAUAGCAAAACUAAAACCUGGCCUCCGAAAGCCCCCUGGCAGCACUCCUCUCCUCUCACUAACACACUGCCCAGUCAGAGCUCUUCCUUGUACCAGAUGACCAACCCUGUCAGCCAGUGGAAUGAAUCCAUGCAAAUGCUGCAGUCACCAGUGUGGUCGACCGCCAGUGACUGUGCCCCCUCCACCGGGAUCUCUUCCAGCUUUGCUUACACCCAACAGCAGCAGCAGCAGCAAGCAUCCCAACACAAACAACAGAUGAAUAAGGGCUUCAAGUCGUUUCCUGUAAAGCACGAACGCAGGCCAUCCUACCUGCAUCAGUACUGAACAGAUACAACGCAAAAUGGCUAGAGCUAAAUUGUGUAACAUACUAGGCUGUAUCGUCAGCAUGUUAGCUUCUACAUAGUGGAGUGCAUUAUAAUGUGUCCCUGAUCCUGUGUGGCAAAGCAGUGAGAUACAGUAUGUUAAUAGGCUUUUUUGUUGCUGUUAUAUUCGAUUGUAUUUUAAGUGUUAAGCACGUUUAUGGCCAUUGUAUUAGUUGUUCCACACUUGACUCCAGAACUGUAAAAUAGGUAUGAAUAAAAUUGAAAUCAUAUUUAACUUAUUUGCAUUGUAUUCUGAGUAGUUUGAACUUUUAAUACACAUUAUUAUAUUUUCUAACUAUUUUUCCAUUUCAAUGAUACGCAUUUUUAAACUAACAAUGUUUUAUAUAAGCUAUAUUACCCAUUGUAACUUGUGUAACUUUAAGUUUACCCAACUAAUAUAAUGGCCAAGUGUUUGCUUAAGUUAUUGUACGUGUGUGUGUGUAUUUCUUUGCUGACAAUUUGGUAGCCUGAGGCAUGAAAAAGCGUUGGGGUCACAAGUUUUGAAUAAAAAACACUGUCUUACAAAUAAAAAAAAAAAACAGCAGAAAGGACAAAAAAAAUCUUCAUAAUCUACCCUUCAAUGUACUGUUUCAGUUAAAAAGUGGCUGUAAGCUGUAACUGCCAAAUCUUAUCUUGAAGGGGCAUGUGUGAAACUUAUUUAAAAGAGCCAGCAGCUUCUAAAUUACUCGAAUAUUAAAUAGAAAUAAUUUACUAACACUUUUAAUAAAGGCUUUGAGCAGGCUCAGCAGAAAUAUAAAAAUCACAACAGAUGUAAUUUGAAAGACAUAUAUACACUACUUUUUUAUUUCUUUUUUUCUUUCAAUAACUGACAUAUAUUAUAAUUAUAAGCAGUAAUUGUGUGCCAUGUUAAUAAAACCACCUGUGGAACAGAGAAUAUUUUUCCAACCAGUGUUCAGAAAAAAAAAAAAUUGCUUCGAAAUAAAAGAGAAAAGAGAAUUGACUCUAAAAAUGUAUAGCUGCCCCGUUGUAUAAUAAAUAAGAAAAUUAGCUUAGAAAGAAUCUUUAUAUGGUUAAAUAUAUAAAAACUUUCAUAUUUCUAAUUGGCUUUCUGAAUGAUGAUUCAACUCUAAAUGAAUCUUAACACGUGUUCAUCUAAAUACAAUAUUUUCUUGUAUAGAAGUAUUGACAGUAUUAAUCCUAUUUUUGUAUUUUCUUAAAUUGUUCUACCAUUACUGUAUGUUUAUUGUUUGGAAAAUAGAGGCAUAUUAUGUAACUAGUUCAAAUUUGUUUGCAAGGAAGAAAGUAAAAAAACAAACAAAGAAAGCACAUUUAUGUUAAUUGUUUUCUACAGAGUUUAAUUACAUCAUAUAUCUAAGGGUUACCAAAUUAUUAUAAGAUGUGGGUGUUUUUGAACCCAAACAUAUUUCUUCAGUUUGUAUAGUGAUGGGCUGUUUGCAGGCCCAGAAUGUUAAUUAUUUGUGAUGUUUGCAGAUGCCAGUGUUGCCUGUAUUUAAGAUAGGACACCAUGUUUUCUGAAAACUAACAUACUUACCAUGUUUACAGAGAAUCAUUUGCUGUACAUAAACCUUUUUAUAGUUCUGUGCUUUGCACAAUCACAAAUGUAUUGUUGCUUUUUGUCUGUGUAAACUCAAACUUCUGCAGCUCUUUUUUAAUAUAAAGACCUUGAACUGUAACUGUAUUUCUCAGCCAUGACAAAUGGUUUACUAGUUCUCUCUGCUAAAUUGUAACCCUUGCAUAGAAAAGCCCCCAUUUUAACAAAAAAGCUCUAGUUUACAUUAGAGCUGAUUAUUUAUUCUUUAUUUAGUUGGUAACAGGAACUUGCAAUCUGUUCCAGGUUUAAAACAAAAAAAACAGGUUCAAUUGAAACUUGCGGAGUAAAAAACAUUUCUGUUUAAGUGAGUCAAGUGCAGCGUUAGUUCUAUUAAGUUCUAAAAGCAGGAGUUUGAAAACUGAGUCCUGAUCUGUUACCUGAACAAGCAUGUUUGGAGACUCUGGCAUGGCUGAAUGGGAGAUGUAUACUUAAACCAUUUACAUGUCUGUCAAUUAAUAGAUGCUGUAAAUGUGUUCUAUACUUCAAACCUUUAGAAUGCUUGUACCUGUUUUUAUGGUUUUCUUCAACCAUAUUGCACUUGUUCAUACAAGUCUAGUCAUGAAAGUACUGCCAAGUGCUUUGGUAGGGUGGGGGUUGGAGUAUAGCUCGGGCUAACCAGCCCUGGAUGCAUUUGCUUUAAGUGGGGAGUACAAAAGCUUUUGAAACUGGAAUUCUGCAUUUUAUUUUUUACCUUUUAAAAGCUUCUGUAAGUAAAAUAACUAUUUGCUUUAUUAAAGAUGUACAUUUAACAAAA